CUGCAGCGACGUGUGUGCCCCUCUGCUGAGCAGUCUGCGCGCGCUCCGGCCGCGCUGCCGCACAACAAUCAGGUGGUGAAAUGUAGCCUAACUUACCGCGGGCAGCCUCUGCUAUGCUAUUAUGGGUCGACCAUGGAGAGAAAACGGUGUAUGAUGUCGAUGAUCAACCCACCGAGGCAGACUAGACCAGAUCCGCAGCAAUGAGCUCCUCCUUUCCAAAAUCUGAAUCCACGACCUCCUUACUGAAAUCAUCCUCUGCGGCGAAGAGACCCACACACCUCCCCGAACGCACAGCAGAAAGCCGGAGAAGUCAGCAUCACCAUCAGCAUCAGCAUCAGCACCAGCAUCACCACCGUCCCGCUGCACUCCAGAGCAGCAGCAGCAAAGCCGAGGAGUCCUUCUGGUCGGCCGAGUGCGACAUUAGUGCCCGGAGACCCCUGUGUCACCCGUCCCUCAUCGGCAGCCAGGACAGUAGUAAUGAUACAGCCACUCGAGGCAAGAGUAAGUCACAUGCCCCCCACAGCCAAGUUCCGGACCCGCCGGAGCCAAACGGCGAGGCGGGCCGAGGUGUGAGGGAGCGCUGCAGGGCAUCCAAGCCCACACACCGGCACCACCACCGCAGGAAGCACAACCGGGAGGACCGUCCAGCGGCAGCGGGACCACCUGAACCUGAGCAUCCCCGUCGCUGUCACACGCACGCACGCCCGGUCCCCAGGGUGCCCUCUCUGUCGGACAGCAACGAUGACAGGGCUCCCCUCUGUGAGCCGAAGGACCAUAAAGGGGUCAGUGUGGCGAACAGCGGGGGUCAUGUCAGCAGUCCAUCCCCGUCCUCCUGCUCCCUGGUCCCGCUGUCCAGCAGAUCCUCUCGCCGCUCCCGGAGGUCUAGUGCUGCUUCUUCUGCAUCUGAUAUCAAUUUACGCACGAUCCUCAAUUCACUAUUUGGGCAGGACAGAGAGCUGCGGCCAGAAGAAAUGGAUGAGUUACGGGACGCUUUCAAAGAGUUCGACAAAGACAAGGACGGUUUCAUCAGCUGUAAAGACCUUGGAAACUGUAUGAGAACUAUGGGAUACAUGCCCACUGAAAUGGAGCUGAUUGAGCUGAGUCAACAGAUAAACAUGAACUUGGGAGGUCAUGUUGAUUUUGAGGAUUUUGUAGAGUUGAUGGGCCCAAAACUCCUCGCCGAAACUGCAGACAUGAUUGGAAUAAAAGAGUUAAAAGAUGCGUUUCGAGAGUUUGACACUAAUGGAGAUGGUGCCAUAAGCACAUCAGAGCUCCGAGAUGCAAUGAGGAAGUUGUUGGGCCAACAGGUGGGUUUAAAGGAAGUUGAAGAUAUCCUGAGGGAUGUUGACCUGAAUGGUGAUGGGCUUGUUGACUUUGAAGAGUUUGUACGAAUGAUGUCUCGCUAAGAUCAUAAAAUGAUCGGUCCUGAAUGUGAAGCUGUGUCCGUCUCUAUACUUGACCAAGUACACCAGAGGACAAGCUAAGAUCUCUGAGCCAUCAAAAAUCUGAAUGACACUGGAAUCAAAACUCCUCGAAUGUUAGGGAGCGAGGAAUCACCUCACACUUUCAAUCAAUAAGUGUUCUUCCUGAAAAGUCUCCAGUUCAACUGAGGCAGAAUUUGCUGUAGCCUAGCUGAUGAUUGUCCAACUUAUGUUUUUGCACUUUAAUUCUCACUAAAUAACUUCCUGUGUGGAUAGAUUGCUGGUGUCUUGUCUCAUUCUCUACAUGGUAAAAAUAAGAGUCGCAAAAUGUCGCCUUCAAUGUACAACUAAGUCGGUGUGAGAGAGUGAAUGCCUGGAGAUAAGAUGUUAAGAUCAGUACACUGUUAAACAUUUCAGUAUGUCUCCACACAGUAUGUGUUAUAUUAGAGAUUGUAAGUGGAAUGUCCUUGUCCUGUGACAUUGGUGCUCCAACCAGGAACCCAUGUGGCAAUAUAACACCUGUAUUGUAACUGUGUGACCAUCUGUGACUUUUCACUGUGCCAGUCGAGUCCUGUAAAAGCAUCACUGUCUGACAACUACAUGCAACCAAGAAGCAGAUCUCUAAUAUUAAUGAGAAACAGAACUCUGACACAUUUCAUAUGUUAUUCACUACGGUCUUAGAUCGAGGGCAGUGGAAACACCAUUUACAAGGACGCACAGCUCUUGGUUUGCAGCAUUAUAUGCUAUGUCUUUCAAUACUCACAGGUCCAAAGUCCUUAAGCUUGCUUUAGGAACAAGUAAUGUCUGGUUUUAUAAAUUCAUAUUGCCCUGUCUAAGAUCAUACAGAAGGAAUGACAUAUGAACUGUAUUUACGGUGGAUGUGACUAUGUUGUACCCGUACUGUAUGUCAAUGUCAAUAUGAUUGUAGUUGUGGUAAUGUUCCACAUAUCUGUCUUGUUCAAGCAAUUUUUAUGCAUGCCAAAGAGAAAAUUUUAUUAAAUUCAGUAUGCACAUUUACAUUUUUUGUCUAACAAAUUAAACAAAAUGUUUCGCCAAGUUAA